AUGCCCAAACCCACAGCCGGCGACUCCGACGUCUCCUUUCGCAAAACAUGGGACAAAGAAGAAUACGCGCAAAAAGCCGCCGACGAAGAAGCACGUCGCAAAGCCGAAGGCAAAGCACGAUACGAAGCAAAGCUACUGGGCAAGAAAUACCAUGCCCCAGUUGACUACAGCGCAUUGGACGCAACGAGCGCACGCAGUCAGCGACUGGAUGUGUACUCGCAAGUGGGCAAGACGACGAUCGUGGCGGCGGGUUCAGCAGUGGGCAAGAAAGGACGAGGCGCCGGGUUCUACUGCAAGGACUGCGACCUGACGUUCAAAGAUAACCUGCAGCUUGUGGAGCACUACAAUAGCAAGCAGCAUUUGAUUGCGACGGGGCAGAGUGGCGAGGUUGCCCGGGCGUCUGUUGCGGAGGUAAGGGAGAGGUUGAGGAUGUUGGCGCAUCGGAAGAGGGUGAGGGAGGAUGAGGAGAGGAGGGCGUGGCAGCUUGAUCUUGGGGAGAGGUUGAGGGAGCGUGAGGAGCUGGAGUCGAAGGAGAGGGAGGAGAAGAGGCGGAAGAGGAAUGAGAAGCGAAGGAAGGGUGGGGAGAACGGCGUGAAGCAGGAGGAUGAAUGGGAGGGACGGUUGGGCAUCAUUGCCUGA